AAUCAAGGAGACGCCAGGUGAAAUCAAUAUCCUGUGAAAACUCCGAGCUGUGUCAACCUGUCGACUUUGGGACCAUAUGAACAGGACUCUGAAGAACAGACUGUAAAGUGAGUGUUGGAAGGUGUAGGACUCCUGCGUCACUCCACACAAAUGAAAUAAAGCCAGCUCACCUUAUAAAGAUAAGGAAAUAGCACCAGGAGAGUGAAUGACACGAGCAGGAAUGGAAGGCGGGAGAACACGAGCUAUUUCAACAACACCGGAAAACUACCAGGACACUAAUGGAGUUUGAAAGUUACACUACUUCAGCUCCAUGAGAGGAGAGCUUGACAUGGAAAUGGCUACACAUGGACAACAGAAUGAAAAACAAGUAUGUUGUACUGCGUCACACUGAGCAGAUCGGAGAGUUUCCAGCUCCUCGGCUGCCCUGGCAGGCCUCUGACAGUUCGUGCUGGCUGCCCUCCCAACCUGCCCAUCCAACGGGACUCCAGCUGGCCCACUGCUGCCGCAGUCACCUCUGCCUCUCUGCCACCGCCACCAUCAUCACCAGGGAGGCCGGCUGAGUGAAGAAAGGGGCGCAGAGGGAGAGAAAGAGAAGACGGGAGCUGCCAGCUUUAACUAUCCUCACCCACUCACUGAGAUGUUAAAUCUGUUGUCGACCUUUCCAUCUCUCGUUGCUGGCUCGCCCAUUUGUAUGCAAACGCAUCCAGCAGCUGCGCCUCUCAUGCCUCUCUUUCCUGACGCUGAGCGAAGCUUCCCAUACAGAUGAGCGCUUGAAGCCACGCACCUCUUGACGUAGCCACAGACCGGUUUGCGGUGCCACUCGCUUUUCCGUAGCACGUAUUGCGCAACGUGACUGAUGCUCGAACUGGCUCCACGGUGGGCACAUCCGGCUCCCACCGUCGCGUGAAUUCAUUACAAAGUGCUCCCAUAACGCCGAGACAACAGCGGACAUCACCGAGGAGCUGUGAAGGACCCGUCCGUCGCUGGAUCUGGACCCUCCCCUCUGUUAUCUGGGAGAGAUGAGUCGAGCGCGCCGCGUCGAGGUGCAGUCGUGAUGUGACUGUGUGAGCGCACGAGCCUCCACAACAGCAGACUUCAAACGCCAGUAAGGUUAAAAACGGUGAGAAUUGGUGGUGUGUUUUGGUUAAGCGGAGUUGAUGGCUUCGUCCACGCAGCAGCAGCAGCAGCAGCAGCAGGAGCUGCAUCCACAGCGCGAGCCUUGACCACAGCUGGAUUUGAGGAGCUAUGCACGCGGGCACCAAGGCUCCAUCUGCCUGUAAUCGACAGUAUCAGGGUGCCCUGUCUGUUUGGCGCCUCGAGGGUCUUCGUUAAAGUCAAGACACACACUGAGUCAAAGGGGGACACCCACCUGGAGCUGAGGAGAGGUUUCUGCUUGAUGUAAGGCCGGGCUCUCUGCAGCCCACUCCCCGCAUCCUCCGGCGUCGUAUCUGCGACGCGAGCGCUUCGCGUUCUGACUCCAUGGCAGCGGACAUCAAAACUAUCACUACCUGAGUGUUUUCCCUGAUACGACCGUACAUACCAUUACACUGACGACUUUAAUCAAUCGACGUGUUGAUUUGGAUCAGUGCUGUGUCUAUGCACCUCAGUCUCACCGCCUCGGAGAGGACUUCUUGCCAUUGAGCGCUGGAUAUGCAGAGAUUAACGUGAGAGGAUGGAUCUAAUUAUCUGUGUUUGGGGGCUGCUGGCGCUCAUCGUGGAGGGCAUCCGUUGCCAGGGAGUGUACGCCCCUCCAACAGUCCGCAUUAUACACUCAGGGCACGCCUGUAAUGUUGAGGAGGAGAGGCACACAGAGAGAGUCUACACCAUCAGAGAGGGGGAGACGCUGGAGCUCACCUGUCUGGUGACGGGGCAUCCUCGACCACAGAUCCGAUGGACAAAGACAGCGGGCAGUGUGUCAGACCGCUUCCAGGACUCCAGCGUGUUCAACGAGACGUUGCACAUUUCAAAGAUCCUUCGGACGCAGGGAGGUCGCUACUACUGCAAGGCUGAGAACGGCCUCGGCUCCCCGGCCAUCAAGUCCAUCAGGGUGGACGUCUACUACCUUGACGACCCCAUUGUGACGGUGCACCAGAGCAUCGGGGAAGCUAAAGAACAGUUCUACUACGAGAGGACUGUGUUUCUGCGGUGCGUGGCCAAUUCCAACCCGCCUGUCCGCUAUAGCUGGCAUCGUGGGAGGGAGGUCCUGACGCAAGGCUCUGACAAGGGAGUGGAGAUUUACGAGCCGUUUUUCACACAGCAGGGGGAAACGAAGAUUUUGAAGCUGAAGAACCUGCGUCCUCAAGACUACGCCAACUACAGCUGCAUUGCCUCUGUGAGAAAUGUGUGUGGGAUCCCUGACCGCAAUGUCAUCUUCCAACUCACCAAUAAAACAGCCUCCCCAUCCAUUAAGCUGCUGGUUGAGGAUCCUAUUGUGGUGAAUCCUGGACAGACUGUGUCGUUGGUGUGCAUCACCACAGGGGGAGAGCCGCCACCCUUGCUCACCUGGGUUAGCAGCAACGAUAGCCUCCCACAAAGGAGCGUGGUGAAGGGGGGUACACUCACGCUGCCAGCCAUCAGCUCGGAUGAGGCGGGGGUCUACAGCUGUGUGGCCAGCAACAAUGUUGGGAACCCGGCAAAGAAGUCAACCACCAUAGUGGUGCGAGCUUUAAAAAAGGGGCGAUUCUGGAUCACUCCGGACCCUUACCACAAUGACGACAACAUCCAGAUUGGACGUGAAGUAAAGAUAUCCUGCCAGGUGGAGGCGACCCCACCAGAGGAGCUGACGUUCAGCUGGCUGAAGAAUGGCCGUGCCCUGCGCAGCUCGGAGCGAAUGGUCAUCACUCAGACUGACCCCGACAUCUCCCCGGGGACCACCAACCUGGACAUCAUAGACCUCAAGUUCACCGACUUUGGCACGUACACCUGUGUUGCUGCGCUGAAGGGUGGAGGCAUCCCGGAAAUCAGCAUUGAUGUGAACAUCUCGUCUACAACUGUCCCUCCUCUGUUUUUCUCUUUCUUAGUUCCCCCAAGCCUGACAGUCCCUCGGGGCAAGUCCCCCCUGGUGGCCCGAGAGGGUGACACAGUGGAGCUGGAGUGCCUUGUUUCAGGAAAACCCAAGCCCAUCAUCCUGUGGUCACGGGCCGAUAAGGAGGCGCCUAUGCCGGAUGGCAGCAUGCAGAUGGAGAGCUACGAUGGUGUGCUGCGUAUUGUUAAUGUAUCCAGGGAGAUGACCGGAUCGUACCGCUGCCAGACCAGCCAGUAUAACGGGUUUAACGUGAAGCCGCGGGAGGCCAUAGUGGAGCUGAUUGUUCAAUACCCUCCGACGGUGGAGCCGGUUUUCAUGGAGAUGCGUCAGGGCUUAGGGAGGCCGGUGGUGAUGACCUGUAGGGUGCUGAGAGCUCACCCUUCCCGUGUGCUGAGGUUUGAGUGGCUCCUAUCCAACAGGCUGCUGCAUGCCGGGGCAUUUGAUGCCCAAAAAGAUGAGACAGAGUACACCAUCCGCAGCCUGAAUAGAGACGGCUGGGGGGAGUACACCUGUAAUGUCAUCAACGAGGCUGGGGCCGGAAAGUGCACCUUCCAGGUUACAGGGAAGGCCUACCCUCCAGAGUUUUACUAUGACACCUACAGCCCUCUGUGGCAGAACAGACCCAGAGUGUACGGCUUCAAGCUGCAGUGGACCCAGAUGAACCCCAACGCUGUGGACCGCAUUGUGGCCUACAGACUGGGCAUCAGACAGAUGGGGUUGCAGCGCUGGUGGGAGCAGGAGAUCCCUGUGGACGGAACAAUCAACAAAGGAGAGCUCAUGACACACAAUCUGACUGAGCUCAUAAAGCCUGAGUCCUACGAGGUGCGCCUCACCCCCAUCACACGUUUUGGAGAGGGUGACUCCACCAUCCGGAUUGUCACUUACAGCGCUCCCAUCAACCCUCACCUGAGAGAGUUUCACUGCAGCUUCGAGGAAGAGCCAAUCUGCAUGUUCACCCAGGACAAGAACGAUGAUUUCGAUUGGACGAGGCACAGUGCUGCCACCCGCGACACAAAGUAUACGCCCAACACCGGGCCUAGCGGUGACCGCAGCGGAUCCAAGCAAGGUUUCUACAUGUACAUUGAGACAUCAAGACCUCGCAAGGAAGGGGACCAGGCACGGCUUGUGAGUCCAUUUUUCAACGUAGCACCCAAAAACCCUUACGGGAUCACUAAUCCUCCCGCCUACUGCUUCGGCUUCUUCUACCACAUGUAUGGAAAACACAUAGGAACACUAAACGCCUUCCUGAAGCAGAAGGGCCAGACGGCCUCCGAGGGUCCCGUGUGGUCACUAAGUGGUAACCAAGGUGACCGUUGGAAGCAGGCCAAAGUAAGCGUCCAUCCGACUGCAUCGUUCCAGGUGGUGAUUGAAGGUAUCAGGGGACCAGGCAUCGAGGGAGACAUCGCCAUCGAUGACGUCACACUUGAGGAAGGGGAAUGUCGAGACCCACCGCCCAAUCUCAGCUCCGAGGCUCUAUCCACGUCCUCCCAUAUAUGGCUGCUAUGCAUCACCUUGGUGAUGACUCUCCUAGAAGGUCAGAGGUGACCCUUCUCUUCGUCAUCUCAGAGGCGAAUAUUCAGACCCACCGUCUGUGAACUUUACCCUCGGCAUCCAAUCACCAAAGAUUCAUGCAUCCUGAAAGCAGCAGGGGACCCCUGAUGGACCUCUGAGAGACCGAUAUAAAAUGAAAGAGAAAAAUCCAGUUAAAAAAGAUGGAGAAAAAGUAAUAAAGAAGAUGCGCUGAUAUUUUUAAAGACACUUCUUAUACAGAAAACACUCCUCGGUACAGGACUCGGGACCUCUUUACGAGCACAAAGACAGGUGGGAUGAACUAGCCUGGACUUUGGCGACAGAGUUCACAAGCAUCGAGGGAGAACAGUUUGUAAAGCACAAGAACAAUUUUAUGAAGUUAUGAAAAUAUCUUUGGAAGGUGGCAGAUUAUAUAGACACUGCUGACUUUUAGAGCAGGAAAUAACAUUUCCCCGCUCAACAAUACACAGAAUCAGACCUUUCUCUGUGUAUCUUUACCUUCAUCUCCUCGCACCAGAUGCCAAUCACCCACACUUUGUUUUUCACUCUGGCCGGCCUCACAUCACUCCCUGACAUUUCUCAAUCUGCUCGGUGCUGAAUGGUGGAGGAACAAGGACUCUGGCAACAUUUCAUUCUGUCUGCUUACUCCCCUGUAGCUGCCUAUGUAUCUUUUAACACUGUGCUCACGAGUCCAAGUGGCCAAACGACGCUAUGGUGGCAGAACAAAAAAAAUGCAGAAGAAUCAGUGAAGAGAUGUGGAAGGCUGGACUGGAGCGCCGAAAGGAGUUCAAGCUUAGGAGCUGUGAGAGUGGAGGAAGAGUGGAGGUAGAGGAGGAGAGUCUGAUGGUAAAGAACGGUCCACCUGUGGAAAAGAAGCCACUUUACUUUCUGCCAUGAAACAAAGUGCCUUCAGAUUACAAACCGAAUCGUGAGCCUGGGUGUUAAUCAACAUCGGACACGUCUCUGUCCAUGUUUCCUCUGAUGGGCUAUUUUCUACAUGUUUCUUUUGCCCCACAAGUGCUGAUGGGAGGGCAUGCGUGUUCAGAGGGAGUAUGGGGUUGUACUACACCUGGAAUUAACUCCUGAUUGGAUUGUUUUGUUUGUGUGUGUGUGUGUGUGUGUGUGUGUGUGUGUGUGUGUGUGUGUGUGUGUGUGUGUGUGUGUGUGUGUGUGUGUGUGAGUGUGAAUGUGUGUGAAUGUGUGUGAGUAGGUCUGUCUGUGUGUGUGUAUGCGCCUAAGCCUAUGCCUAUGCCUACGCGUAGUUCAGUGUGAGGGUAGUGAACCGGGCAGAUUUGGAUACGGCAACAGUGAAAGUGAGGCUCUGGAUUUUCUUUUUCUUGUUUUGCAGAAGGACAGAUUAAGAUCUCACAGGAAGAUGAAGAAACUUUGACUCUCUCUUCCUGUAAUUCCCCCUCCCUGAGGUCGACAAUUUUCUAACAGAAAUAAAGAACAACUGAAUCAAAUAUUGUGUUGUACAGGGAGGAGAGAGUGAACUUUGGGACUGCAGGCUCGUCAUUCAGGUGAUAGCGCCUCGCCCUCUAUCCUCCACCAUUUCUAUGGAACAAUACGAGAAUAAAAGAUAAUAAUGACCAUAAUAAUAGUCAUGAUAUUUUAUUACUCUAGCGAGAAUGUUUCUCUGCUUUUACACAAACUGUGAAGAUUGACUGUGGAAGAUCUACCUGAGACCAUAACCUUAACCAGCGGGGUUUUUAAAAAAUGUAUUGUAAAAAAGAGAAAAUAAGAAAAUUGAAAAAUUCCGUUCAUUGUUGGUUAUGACAAAUGUUUUGAGGACUUGUGUCUUGUUUCUUAUUUUUUCUGUUGAAGAUGACUUAACUUCCUUUUCUCUUCUUGUUGUCUCCCUUUGCAUUGCUUAAGUAUCAAAGCUGAUGGAAGCAUAAGAAGUAAACCAAUUUGGUAACUGUAUAACUUGUAAAUGUUAAAGAAGCUCUAUUCAAAGGUUUAUGAUAAAUGUUUUAUGUUGGAGUACAGGAAGCACAACAUACAGUUAAAGGUCUCAACAUAUAAAGUCCAUUUUAUAUUUCUCUGCACACACAUGACCUGCUCCUACAGGCUUUCAACACUCUGAAACAAGUCCAUAUUUAACAGCAAUUCAAUCAUAUUUUUUACUCAUGUCAUUCAUAUUUAUAGUGCAACCAGAACACUCGAGAGCCCAAAGGGAACCCGGUCAUAGGUAUGAAUGAAACGUUCAAGAUUGCAGACUGGGUAAAGUUUGGUGAUUUGGUUGUUCAGCAUAUGUAGCCUCUUCAGUGGAAGUCUGAGUGGGUCAUGUUCAUGUGUGAGCAUAAAGCUGUGUACAAUAUAUGUGAAAAGAAGAAACUGAUACAUGUAAAGAAGAUAAAUAUGCUAAGCAAAACAGAGCAGAAUGAUGAGCAUUUCAGGGCAUCCAUGUGAAAUCAUUAUGGUCUGUAUUUCCUGAUAUCCAUUGGUUUGUUUUGUCUUUUAUUUCUGCGUCUUUAUUCCCAUAAGGCCCAGAUCACAAUGAAUGUAAAUGGAUUUUGGGGUGAGUUAUUUUCUUACAGUCUUAAUAGAUGUAAUGUUUUACUAAACAUAUGUUUUAUGUGUGUAAUUGAGUGUGUGCUUUUGAUGCAAAUGCGAACUUUCAGACUUUCAGAGGUUGUUUCGAACACAUUAAGAACAUGAAGUUCGUCUGACUUUGACACAAUUUCCAAACAUAAGCUGGGAUAAUUCAUCCAUUAGCUAGUCACUAUAUCCUCCUGUGGUAUAGUAGGUAAUGAAAAGUGCCAAAGUGCCCUGUGCAGUCGACACUGUUACUAAAUACAAAUCUGAGUUUUGAGGUAACUGUUCCUUUUACACCCUGAGCACCUGGUCAAUUAACGACAAAAACCCACGGUCAUCAUGUAAUGUCUGAUAAAACAUAACUUAUUCAAAAAUUACAGCUGGAUUUCAAUGAAAGAGCCCAACUGGUAUCACUAUGGUGUUGAGAUUUAAGUUAUACUUUGACAUUAAAGGGAAGCAAGCUUAUACCUUUCCUUUAAGUAAAGUGGUUAGCAUAGCCUAGCAUAAAAAACAUUGGAAACAUAGUAGCUAGCAUGCUGUGUCUUCAGUCAGCCUUCAGGCCCAAGUUAAGCCCACACAUAAUGAGAUACAGUUUAAAUAUAUAUAUAUAUCUUCUAAACCAUGAGCAUAAUAACAACAACUUGUGUUUUAAUGGGGUGUUAUCACUGUGAGCUUGCCAGGCAACUAGCUAAGACUUCAGGAAGUCCCCGCUCCCAGCCAAGAAAAAGACUGGCACUUAACCCCCUACAAAACGAAACUUGAUGUUUUUACCUUUAACAUUUUGUUCAAAAUAACCAUCUUCCAUAGAAACUUUAAGAGGUACUGAAACGAGAAUUUUGUUGAUUUUUGACAAAGCCAUGCUAGUUGUUUCAAUCUCUAUACCAGGCUAAGCUAACUGGAUGUAUACCUGUAUUUGCUCUCUUAACAUGAGACAGCUUUCAAUCUUUUCAUCUAUUUCUCAUUAAAAAUCAAAUAAGCUCGCCUCCUGAAAUGUCAAUCUAACAGUUCAGAUUACCAGCCUUGAAAAAACGUGUCCACUAUUUUUACUUCAAGUUUCCAUACGCUGAAAUUUGAAGUCCUGUCAGAAAACUCUCUUUUGAAAACCAUGUCAAACCAAUCUUUUAUCCAGCUGUUAUGGUCUAUCAUUAAAGUCUGGGUACAUUCAUACAUAUCUUCAAAAUUGUCAAAUCCCUGUGCUUUGUGAAGGAAGUACUGUCUAAUUUACCCAGAACUGCAGCUAAAAUUUGACAGCAAAAGGACUCAUUGUUUGCUCCUAUGGUACUACAGCUCUCACCAUACUCUUAAUUUCCAUCUCUGUGCAGUCCACACACACUGUGUCAGCCUCUGCACUCUGUGUGUAUGAGGGAUGCGAGCCCAGUGUGUGAGUAGCUUACACUCUCAGCUCUGCUCUAUUUAUUGAUAAAAGUCCUCUAAGCUACUUCAAAGUACAAUUGGAGGGGAUUAGCAGGUUUGGGAUAUGUAAACAGUGCUGUGUGACAGUUUUCUUUCUCGCAGCCUUUACUGACUUUAUUUUGAUGAUUAAAGGCUUCUGUGGUUAUGGAAAGUAUGACAUUUUUUUAAAUAAAAAGGGAACUGUGUGUGCAGUA